GCACGGAAAUCACAGCCAAGAGAUGCAGGCUAGGUGAGAGGAAGACUUUAAGGCUAUUUGUGUAAGUAGGAAGGUUUCCCGCUCGUGCCCCUGCACUGGCUGCUGUUGCAUCAUUGAAGGGCAUGAAAUCAGGAAGUGAGAUCGAUCGGCUGGCACAGCCGAGCAGCAUCCACAGCUUAUCCCGUAACACACGCAGAUGGAUGGUGAUAGCUCCACAACGGAUGCUUCUCAGUUAGGAAUUACUGGAGAUUACAUUGGUGGCAGUCAUUAUGUGAUACAGCCUCAUGAUGACACAGAGGACAGCAUGAAUGAUCACGAAGAUACAAAUGGCUCAAAAGAGAGUUUCAGAGAACAAGAUAUAUAUCUUCCAAUUGCAAAUGUGGCAAGGAUAAUGAAAAAUGCCAUACCGCAAACAGGAAAGAUUGCUAAGGACGCAAAGGAAUGCGUGCAAGAGUGUGUAAGUGAAUUCAUCAGCUUUAUAACGUCAGAAGCAAGUGAGCGGUGUCACCAAGAGAAAAGAAAGACCAUCAAUGGAGAGGAUAUUCUCUUUGCCAUGUCUACCUUGGGGUUUGAUAGCUAUGUUGAACCUUUGAAGUUAUACCUCCAAAAAUUCAGAGAGGCAAUGAAAGGAGAAAAGGGAAUUGGGGGAACAGUUACAACUGGAGACGGUCUAAGUGAGGAGCUCACAGAGGAAGCAUUUACUAACCAGUUGCCAGCAGGCUUAAUAACUACAGACGGCCAACAGCAGAACGUUAUGGUCUACACAACAUCAUAUCAACAGAUCUCUGGUGUUCAACAAAUUCAGUUCUCAUGAUUUGAAGAAAACUUUGUAUGUGGGAACACGAGACGGAAAAGCUGUGCAACUCUAACGAAGAGGCAGUUUUAAUGACUGGUGAAGAGAUUUAUCUCUUUGUAUAUUAAAUAGCUGUAAUGUAGCUACCAGAAGCUUGACUAAUUGAGGUGUGAGUUCUGACUCAAAUCUUUUUCAUGAUGAUUUUAAAAAAAAAAAAAAAAUUGGAUUUUAAAGGUAUUAAAGUAUUUUUGUUUUGUACAAGAGUUUGUUGCUCUGUAUAACUCCUGUAUGCAUUGUAUAUUGCAAUUUAUUACUGUCAGAGAUUUGUAGACAGUUUCUUAUUUUCAUAUUGAAUCAUGUUACUUUUGUAAUUCAGGUAAACAGCUGGGUUAAUUCAUGUUUACCCUUUGAAUAAAAUUGUAAGGGUAAAGUUCA